CCUUGAGAUAGACGAUGAGCCAUGUCUGUGUCUCUGAGGCCGUCUGUUUCGGCAUGUAAAGGAGAAGAAGAUGAGGAAGAUGAUGCGUGCAACUUUGUGGUGAUGAGUGACGCUGGCAAGCCGAUCUACUAUUCGCAAGGAAGAGAAGAAGAAAUCAGUCGUUUGUGUGGCCUCGUCUUGGCGCUGCGAUCGUCGGCCCAAAGCAGCUUAGGCCAAUCCAUUCGGUCCAUUAGUACUGGAGGGACACGGCCAAAAUCGAUCGUUUUCAUGUCCAUGGGGUCUUUGGUUCUGCUUGCUAUUAGUAGUAACUCUACCAAUAACAGAAGGACCAAGGGUAGCAUUUCCCACUCGAAUAAGGGUACACACGGCUCAGCUAAUAAGGCUACUGAGUGGUUUCUGCAGUUGCAACUAGAGUACAUUCUGGGUUUCAUUCUCUCGGCAGUGACAGAGAGAAUCCAAGAACAAUUCAACCUAGAUCCCAGUUAUGAUCUGCGAGAAGCCAUCCUGCCAACUAUGAAGACCAACGACACGGAUAACGCGUCAUGCAGCCUUACAUCUACCAUUGCUACGGGACUGUUCCACGACGACUUUGAUAGUAACGACACCAACUCUCCAGGGCCGUAUUGCCUGGGUGCUGUCGAAACCCUCUUUCCCAUGUCACACAAUAUUCGAUCCCGAGCCUCCGCCGUUCUCCAAACAGUGGGUCUUCAAACCGACUUUACCGCAUUUGCCAUUCUCGCAGUGGGACAAAAGCUACUCACGUUGAUACAACCAUCGGCACCCCAAUAUCAGCUGCAUGUCUUUGACCUGCACGUGCUACUGAGAAUUGUCAGUACCCGACAAAGGCAAGUCUCCGACAAUAAGGAAGAAAAGGAACUGUGGAUACCCCUUUGUCUGCCCUUCUUCUCUUCUACAGACUACCUAUUCUGCUACGCGGAGUGUCUGGAUUCCACCUCCAACCUGGCUCUGAUUCUCCUCAGUAACCAAGGGAACGCACGGCAAUUGCAGCUAUUUCAAACGGCGGCCGGGGACAUACGAAAAGCCCUUGGGAUACCACCAUAUUCGGCUGCUUCCUCGCAACAGCAGCAGCAACAGCAACAGCAACAACAUAUUAAUAAACUGGCGCAGCCAAGAACAACGACAGAGGACUUCUGGAAUGACCAAGACUACGUCGAUGUCUCCCUUGGCGAUCAUCAACAACAACCUCUAGCCUACAGGAUGCUACCGGUACCCAAAGAGGACAACUUUUUUGUGCCUGAAAUCCAAAUGACGAUUCGUCAAUCCGAGACGCUACAAAUGGAGCACUAUCUUGGCAUUGCAUCGGUAUUCCAUUUUCUAUUUCGACUUGAGGUUCCCAUUGGCAAUUUUCAAAAGAGUAUCCGUGACGAGGCACCCAACAGCAGCCAGAAGCUGGCGCAAUGUCUCUCGCCAACCUUGAACAAAUUCCCCUUUGUGGAUGCGCGGUCAAGACGAAGAGUUUGGAGAAUGUACCAAACGUUACGAUGGCGACUAUUGAAUCGAGAAAGCAAUCAACCCAGUAGUAAUAAUGGCAUGGUAACGACGGGGAUGGAACGUCAUUGUCCUGCCGUCGCAUUGGCGGCGAGCUCCGUUAUUACAACGGGCACAACGUUACCCUGCUACAUUGUGGAUGGAUCCGAACUGUUCCUUGCCAUGAAUGGCAGUGGAUACGAAUUCUAUGCCGUUCUACCAAGUACCACCUCAAUCCGAGAAGCAGAAGCUUCGGCGACCAAACUAUUGCGACGUCUCGUGGCCGACCAAAAGAGCCUUUUCCUCACCAAGCUAAUGUGCUGGGACGAUUGA